AGGAACUGUAAAUCAUUUCGCUCGGAAACGUGCUGCUGCUCGCACAGAAAAACUGAAACCGAAGUAAAACCAACGGAAAAGAGCUCGCCAAGUUCAAGUUUGCCCCGAAAGACGGAAUGUCGUAAAACGUAAAAAAUUAAAGAGUGAAAAGUAUAAAAUACAAAGGUUCCACCACCACCGCAUGCGCACGCAACAACCACAAACAAAAACCGCCGUUGUUAUUGUUGCUCUUCCCUGCCAAUUUUCGCGUGUGCCUUUUGCCUUUUCCUUUAUCGCCUGUUGUUUUUAUCGACCAGUUCGUAACCGCGUUCUUUCUUUUUCCAGCCAGUGCGUGUGUUUCGCCCCCUAUCUCUCCCUCGUACGCCGUCUGUGUGUUCGAUUUGUUUGUUGUCACCCCCCGCGCAAAAAUUGAAAACAAGAAACAUAAAAAAUAUACAAUAAACCCUAGGAAGCUGACCCCACAAGAUCAGUUUGACAAAAAAAACCCUUUAUGGUAGUCAAUGAGCUGUGUCUGAGGCACAGUGGAAAAUUUCCGAAUUUCGCCAAGCGGCGACGUCAUCAGUGGUCGCUAUUGUUGUUGUUGGCGCCCGUGGCCGAGUAAAAGGGCGUUGAAUUCGCUGCCCCGAAUGCCGAGAUUCUUGGAGCAUCCACAGUGGCCGCAGCAAAUCACCAAGCACACCAGCACAUCGAUGCCAUUGCAUUGCCUGAUCAUCAAAUAGGCAGCUUUAAGUACCCCUAAAUCUUCGGAUUGGAAUCAAAUUAAACCAAAAAUUUAGAAAGGAGAGCGGACGAAACACUCAAGAUGAGCUUCAGUUCGGCCAGCGGCAGGGAGAAUAAUGUCCGCAAAUUGUCUUUCUUGGGCUUCAAUACGAAAAAGAAGUCCGGCAAUGAAGAUCCCGACGAGGUGUUGCUGGACUCGGAAAUGGACAAGGUCUUUGCCGGCAACAGUUCACGCAAAGACAAGUUCGAUGUAAACACCUUCCAGGACAACUCCCAGCUGCCCAUUGGAUCCCGCAAAAAGAAUAGCAUCCGCACAAACGAUCUGAACAUCGAGGAGGACUCGGAGUACGAGAGCCAAACGGAGCCUUUGAACAAUGCACAAAACUACGAUGACAUCCCCGAGGACUUUCCUUUAGUGUCGGAGAGAGCCGGACACGGCGAUCACUCGGACAACUCGGUGGACGAGAAGCACGUCCAGUUCGGCGGCAAGAAGAAGAUUGUCAUCACCCCGCCCAGUUUGAGUUAUGAUGAACAGCCCACGGAUCAAUCGCACGAACGUAAACGCAGAAGAAGCCGCCAUCAGUAUUAUAGACAACGUAAAUUCUCACAUCAGGACAGCGUGGAACCCAAAAACAAACUCGAGGAAAACGGUGAUGCAGGUGCGCGUCGCAUCUCUGUGCAGCCUGAGGACACGGCAUUGGAGGAGGCUGAUCUCAACGAGCUGAGAUCACAUCGUUCGGACGACCCUCGUGCCCUUCGUCGCCACAAGAUCCAUCACUCAUCCAUCAAGUUGCGCGAGCUGCCCCAGAUAACUAUUUCCCCCUUCACCAAUAAGAAGCCCGAGGUGGACCAUAGUCCUCAUGAGAUCUUUGUGCAAUUGGACGAGCUCAUUGGCGUGGGCGAGGAUCGCGAAUGGAAGGAGACGGCCCGUUGGAUCAAAUAUGAGGAGGAUGUGGAGGAGGGCUCCGAUCGCUGGGGCAAGCCCCAUGUUGCCUCCCUCUCCUUCCACUCGCUGCUCAAUUUGCGUCGCUGCCUGGAAACGGGCGUUGUCCUGCUGGACCUUAACGAAAAGGACCUGCCAGCCGUGGCCUAUCGCGUAGUAGAACAGAUGGUGAUCGAGGACCUUAUCGACAUCAAUGACAAGCCCUCGGUGAUGCGUUCGCUGCUCCUGCGCCAUCGCCAUGUCAACGAACACCAGGGUGUGCUGCCCUUCACCAAGCGGAAGUACAACAGCUACACCAGCCUGCAGUUUCUAUGGAUGGGUGCGGAGUCCUCACAUCAGCAGGCGCAGCAGCCACCUCGCAACCUGGCGAAGGCCAGGCGGAGCAUCUGCGUCACCUCUAGUGCCCCGCCCACGGCGGCGAUGCUGAACGUGGCCACUGCCACGGCAGCAGCGGCAGCGAUCGAUCACCGGCGCCACUCCACGAUGUCCUACCUGGGUAAUUUGUCGGGCGGCACGGAUGACAAGAAGAUCAGGAUCAUGCCGGCCAAUGAGAUUGGAGGCAGCAAGCGCAGCAAUGAGCUAAAGAUCGACAUGAAGGACGAUAUGUACUCCUCGUCGCAGGAGGAUCUCAAGAAGCUGCAGAACGACACGAUCCUUAAGAGGAUUCCAGCUGGUGCUGAGGCCACCACUGUGCUGGUUGGUGCUGUGGAGUUCCUGGAGCAGCCGACUAUUGCCUUUGUCCGUCUGUCGGAGGGUGUCCUGAUGCCCACUUUGACAGAGGUUCCCGUCCCUGUGAGAUUCAUGUUUGUGCUCCUGGGACCUCGUAACUUUGACUUGGACUACCAUGAAGUGGGUCGUUCCAUCUCCACGCUGAUGGCCAACGAGCACUUCCACUCGAUUGCCUAUAAGGCUGACGAUCGCAAGGAUCUGCUAUCGGCCAUCAAUGAGUUCCUGGACGAUUCCAUUGUCCUGCCACCCGGUAAUUGGGAUCGCCACGAUCUGUUGCCCUUCGAGGAGCUGAAGGCCAAAAAGGAUUGGAUCCGUACGCGAAAGAUCAAGGCGCUGCAGGUGAAGCGAGACAGUGAGAUGAUCAAGAUCGGCAAGGAUGAGGAGAAGGCAUUGCUGGAGAAGCAAACGCUGGGAGCUAUUGGAUUUACGAUUGGCGAUGGUGAUGGUGGAGGUGAUGGCGGCUCGGAUGAUGAGGAUGGUAAAAAGAAGAAGAAGCCCAGUCCGCUGGAGAAAACUGGUCGCCUGUGGGGUGGACUAAGGAAUGAUUUGAAACGCAGAAUGCCCAUGUACAAGAGCGAUAUCAUGGAUGGUCUGAACACUGAAACUCUGGCAGCCACAAUUUUCAUGUACUUUGCUUGCCUUUCGACUGCCAUCACUUUUGGAGGUCUCGUUUCCGCCAAGACAGACAGCUGGAUUGGUAUCUCGGAAACGCUGAUCUCGUGCUCCCUGGUGGGCAUCGUCUUCCAUUGUCUUUCGUGCCAACCGCUCGUGAUUAUCGGAACCACUGGACCACUCUUACUUUUCGAUGAAGCUCUUAUGGUGUUUUGUACGAAGAAUGGAUUUGAUUUCCUGUCCCUGAGGGUUUAUGUAGGGAUAUGGUUGAUUAUAAUAUCCCUGACGGUUUCCGCAUUCGAGGGCAGUGUGUAUGUGCGCCUGCUCACUAGAUUCACCCAGGAGAUCUUCUCGGCGCUGAUCACGCUCAUCUAUAUUGUGGAAACGUUUAUGAAACUGAUUUCGAUCUACAAGGAAAAUCCCCUGUUGUCCGACUACAAUCUGCCACCGCCGACGCUGGUUGCACAUAACCAUGCCACAAAUGGAAGCCUCUUCAACGCGACCGCUGGUGUGGUGGCGAAUAUUACCCAGGUGGUGGUGAAUAUCUCCACAACGGCCAUGCCGAUGGGUCCACCACCGCUACCCAAAAAUCAACCAAACACCGCUCUAUUCUGCACCAUCCUCACACUGGCCACUUUUGUGGUCGCCUACUACCUGAAACUCUUCCGUAACUCCCACUUUUUGGGUCGCAAUGCUCGUCGUGCGCUUGGAGAUUUUGGUGUGCCCAUCUCCAUUGCCAUUUUCGUAUUGGUGGACUACCUGGUGCCGGCUGUUUACACGGAGAAGCUGGUGGUUCCAGAGGGUCUGUCGCCCAGUGAUCCCUUGAAGCGUGGCUGGUACAUCGGUUUCGAUACCUCAUCCACGUGGAUACCGUUCGCUUGCGUAGUGCCCGCCCUGCUGGUCUACAUCCUCAUCUUCAUGGAAUCACAGAUCUCUGAGCUGAUUGUGGACAAGCCGGAUCGUGGUCUAAAGAAGGGUUCCGGCCUGCACUGGGAUAUUGUGCUGCUGUGCCUACUCAACUCCGCCUGCGGACUGUUCGGAAUGCCCUGGCAUUGUGCCGCCACUGUGAGAUCAGUGACCCAUGUGUCCUCCGUCACCAUUAUGUCACGCACCCACGCUCCUGGUGAGUCGCCCAGGAUCGUUGAUGUGAAGGAGCAGCGUCUGUCCGGCUUCUUUGUGUGCCUGAUGAUUGGUCUGUCAGUGCUGAUGGCCCCGCUCCUGCGACUGAUUCCCAUGGCAGUGCUCUUCGGAGUCUUUCUGUACAUGGGUGUGGCCUCCAUGAGUGGAGUGCAGUUGUUUGAGCGAAUAAGACUGUAUUUCAUGCCGGUCAAGCAUUAUCCUCCCACGCCAUAUGUGAAGCGUUUGCGUCCUUGGAAGUUGCAUCUGUUCACCACCAUCCAGGUCCUGUGCCUCGUGGUCCUGUGGACCGUGAAGUCGUCCCAGUUCUCGCUGGCCUUCCCCUUCUUCCUGAUCAUGAUGGUGCCCAUACGCCAGAAUUUGACAAAGCUCUAUAAGCCGGAGGAAAUGCAAGCGUUGGACGGCAGCGAGAUGAAGAAGAACGACGAUGAUGAGCCCGACUUCUAUGAACAAACCAACAUACCAGCCUAGGAAUGGUUUGGCUGGAACUUAAUUAGUGUUAGAUUGAAAGUAUUAAAGCCAAGCCACGUUUUACGCUGGUCCCAAAACAAAAUCACUAUAGCAAAAGCAAAGAAAAACAAAACUAAAACAAUACAAAUACAAAUACGAUACAUAUUUGUUGCGAAAUUCUGGUGUGAAAGCGUUAACGAACUACCUGCAAUUAGUAUUUAGAGACAAGCCACACAUAAAUACACCUGAACCACCCAUCGCAUAUAUACCGAUAUACAUAUUUGUAUAAUAUAUGCGGGGUCUGCACUUUGUGAUUGUAAGCGGUUUGAGCUGCAGAAGAAGGCGGAAUCGUGUACCUAAAUUGCAACUGAAAUCAAGAGACAAAUUAGAUUAUUAGCCAGGGUGACUUGGAGCAGAGAGCAAAGAAUAUUUUUGAGGCCAACAAAAUCAGUUGAUGGUUUAUCAAAUUGGAAAACUUUACCUCUGACUUGUCAGAACUAGACAAAUAUCCUUCCCACGGAAAGUAGGGUCACAAAUUUGCAUCACACACAAAGAAACCAACGAAAGAAACAAAAUUAUUUAUUCAGUUGGAGUUUCGCAUGUAUUAUUAGCAAUAAUUGCAUUUGCAUAUACACAAAACUAUUAUAAACUUGGCUUAGAUCUGUCAAAUCGAAGCAAUCCCAGCAGGGAAAACUAAGAGAAACCAAUAAACUAUUUAACUUCAACUGGCGUAGUGAUAAUUAGUGUCAAACACACACAAAAACCCCCCCUCUAAAACAAUUUGUUUGUUUAUAACAACAUUGUUAUAAUGCACUUCUGCCGAAGCUCUCUUUUAAAGUGAAUGCUACGCGUGCGAAGUGGCCGCUGUAAGUUUGCCUUCUUUGUAUUUGUAGUCAGGUUAUCGAUACACACAAAACCACACAAAAACACAUUGUACUUAUACAUGACUAUAUACAUAUAUACACCGCAUACACAAUAUAGUACAUUUCAAAGAUUAUUCGCUCGGAGCAGCGCUGAGCUGAGAGCCUAACCCAAACUAUUUUUAUGUAACUUGUAUGUAUGAACUUGUACUUACUUCUAAGUAGUUGUUGUCUAGUAUUGUUUAUUCAAAUUCAAAUAAAAAUUUAAAAU